AUGUCUUUAUCACUUUCAUCUAUUCCUACGACUCAGCGUCCCAGGAUAAUAGUUUAUGAUCUAGGUCUUUUAAAUUUUCAACGCAAUUCUCUCUCCUAUCUUUAUCAAAAACAUUAUUUCACCCACUAUCGACUUUUCAAUUUUUCAAAAUAUCCUUCAUUUUGGAAUAUAUCAAUUGCUCAAGGUGAAUACGCGUGGAAACCUGCAAUAAUUGCUGAAGUAUCUCGGGAAUUCCCCGGAAUAGUUGUGUGGCUGGAUUCAGGAACCUUUGUAUCAACGAAUUUUUUAAAGAAUGUUAAAAAACUGGAAGAAUGGGAAAAGUGUGCCCGUGUAAAAGAAUGUAUAGCACCCAAUGGCAGUAAUAGAAGUAAUCACAGGCAGGAUCAAUCAAUUCUUACUUACAUGAUAAUAAAUAAUAAUAGGGACUGUGAUAGUGACAAAAGAUUAUUUGAAAUUCAGAUUCAUAGGGACAAAUAUUGCAUUCAAAUGAUAUGGGAAUAUGAAAAGCUCUACGGCGAAAUUUGGAAACCAGAUAUUCAAGAUUUGAAAGAAAUGAAGGAAACGAGGGAAAAAUUUCCUGAGAUUGUUGUUUAUGAUGUUUGGACUGAAAGUGGUAAAGCAACUUUGGAAAAAAUUAACGAGGAUUUUCAUAAAAAUGUUUCAAAUCCAAAUUUACAAUCACCCAGUGACUCAUCACCAAAAUCAAAUUUUCAACCAGAUAGCUCUUCUUCGGACGUUGCAUUAUUUUCAAAGAGUUUUCCAACAAAACAAGAUAAUUCAGAAACAGAAUUAGAAGAGUAUACAACUGAAAAACAUUCUGCCCAAGAACUUUCAGCGAACGACGACUCAGCUGCAUUAUCAGGAUUGAAUCCAUCAUGUCCUUCUCAUUCUGAUGAAGAGUUGCCUCUACAAUCAGACUCUAUUCAUAUGAAAGACUUGCAAAUUCGACAAGCAGACAUGGAAAUUGACGACUGUAAUAUUGAAUCACAUAUGACACAAAAUCCUCAGGAUGUUGACCUAUCUUUGAAAGGCAAUCAAAAUCCUUCUUCAGAAAGUUUAAUCUCCCCACGUAAUCAGCUUGAUCUAUCAUCAAAGGCAUUUUCAGUUGAUGAAAGCAUACCUAUUAAUGCGCCCACUUCAAAUUUCAUGAAACCCUGCUCGCAAAUCAAUUCAAAGGAUCUGAGAAAUAAUACAAGCAUUGAUGACCUCCACAAGGAAAAUGAGGGAGACGAUUUGGGUAUUAUAAUUGAAGUUGCUCACAAAUGGAAAAACGAUGUUUCUAGAAAAGAUUCCCUAAUCAAAGAGCUGAAUGAUGAGAUUCACGGGUUAAAAAAUACCAUUGAGCAACGGGAUCAUUCUUUGUCCUUGUAUAUAGAGCGUAUGUCCAUUGUAGAAGCGUUAAUAAAACGUCAACAAACUUAUACUGAUCAUAAUCGUGAGAGAAUUGAGAAAAUGAAAGCGAAAUAUUAUCUGUAUCGCAAUAGUUUAUCAAAUAUGUUGAAACGUAUGGAAGAAGUACGAGAUGAAAAAAGUCGAAUCGAAAAGCGAUCUCAAAUCGCUCAAAUGACUGAUCUAAACACCCAUCUCACUGAAUCUAACUCACAACUCAAUAACGUUAUCGCACAACUUCGUCAAUUAAUACAAGAUUCGGAUGCUAAGUCUUCAUGCUAUGCAUCUGAGCUUGAAUCUACACGCGAAAAAUUGGAUGUAUUAUUACGUGAACGCGAUACAGAAAGAAUGGCACAUGUGAACAAAUGCCAGAAUCUAGAGUCUUUGUUAAAAUAUUCAGAAGAUAGCAACAAAGCAUUGAUGACAAGUCAAAAAGAAAAUGAAGAGAGACUUACUGCACUUAAGAAAGAUAUUCAGAAAGUACAACAAGAACUAGAAUCAACUCGAGCAGAACAUUGCAAACUGGAAAAUGAAUGGCGCAAUGAACGCACUCAAUUAGAAUCUGAAUGUCUAGAAGAACGUGCUCAACGACUGCGUCUAGAAUCUGACUAUCGUGACGAGCGUUCUGAACGCUUUCGUGUUGAGAAUGACCUACGUAAUUCAGAUAGAAAAUUAGAGGAAAUGCUUCAAGAAAUUGAUAACAGCAAGCUAAAGUAUAUUGUGGCUAUUGGAACCACCGAUAUUCCAGAUCUUGAUCUCAAUUUACAAUAUAAUAAGGCUAUGUUCAAAUUUGACCAAGAACAAUCUAGCAGCGAAACAAAAAUAGAAGAGCUGUCUAGGACUGUUGAGACUUGGAAGUCUAAAGCAGAGUCACUUGAAUCACAAUUAAGCAUUAUCUCCACAAAGCAUGAUGAAUUACAAAAUGAACACAGCAAAGUUGUCGAAGAGAUGAUUAGCGUUAAUCCCCUCAAUCGCGCUGCUUGUUAUUACCAAGAGAUGGCAAAAAGGACGGCAGUAGAACAUGAAAAUGAUAUUCGCAAACGAGACUGUAAAAUUCGCGAAGCUGAAGCCAAAGAAACGGCAUUGGCUGAGGAAAUUGUACAUAAUGCGAUAAAAGCUGAAUCCAACGACGAAAUAAAAUCGGGACUCUCAAAUGACUGGUUGUCACCAAAUGCGCAAGCACGUUCUAAAAAACGAAAGCUUGGUCGUCCCAGCGAUACCGACGGUUCUCAGCAUGCAAUACGAUCGUCAGUUCCUUCAACACCUAGUCCAUCGAGUAUCAGUGUAUUAAAAGAUAAGAAAUCAACGCAGUUAGGCACACGAAAUCGCAAAUUUAAACCGAAACAGGACCGCUACUCUGUAGGCUCUUAG